AUGACAAGCACUACUCCCACCACACUCACUCUGAAUGGGUUUCAGAAGGGCAAAGACAGAGGAGGGCCUUCCGAGUGCGACGAAGACUACCACAAUGACAACGAUCUGGUGGUUGCUCUUUCCACAGGUUGGUACACCGGUGGCAGCCGCUGUCACGAAUUCAUAGUAAUCAAUCCAAACAACGGACGAAGCAUGCGGGCCAUGGUGGUGGACGAGUGCAACUCAAUCUCUGGGUGUGAUGAGGAUCACGACUUCCAACGCGUAUGGAAAGCCUUGGGAGUCGACAAUUACGAUGAUGUUGGUGAGAUGAGCAUUACAUGGUCUGAAGCUUAA